AUGCAAAAAACCCCACUAUGGCAAUAUAAAGCAUUUCAAAACUGGGUUAAAACAAUAUUAAUUUCAGAAAUGGUGGAUGAAAAAGAUAUGGUAGCCGAUUUUUAUUGUAAUGGUAUGGAUACAGGUAAAUGGGAACGUUCAAAAAUACACUGCUAUUAUGGAUUUGAUCCUUCCCCAGAAGAACUAUCAAUUGCUGAAAGUAAAUUAAAACAAAAAAAAAACCCAUACUCUGCAAAGUUUUUAAAAUGUAAUUUUAACGAAGAUCAAAUUGAUACAAUAAUAAAAAAUGACACAAACCAAAUAAUAGGGAUGGAUGUAGAUAAUAAUAAUAAUAAUACUAGAAAUAACAAUUAUAAUAAUAGUUUUAAUAUAGAUCAGAAUGGAAUAAAUAAUAGUAGUGGUGUAAUAUUUGAUGUAGUAAGUUGUUUUAAUGGUGUACAAAAUUCAUUCUCUAGUGCGCAAGAUGCUGAACAAUUAAUAAAGAAUGUUUCAGUAUUGUUAAAAGAUGGUGGAUUCUUUUUUGGAAUAAUACCCGAUUCAUCAUCUAUUUGGUACAGGUCUCAAAAGGUUUCAAGUGGUUUCCCUGGUGUAAAAUCAGCUCUUUACACCAUCGAGUUCAAUUCUGAAAUUUCAAAUUUUUUCGGUUGUAAAUAUAAAUUAACUUUAAAAGAUGGCUCAAUUAUUGAAGAAAAUUUAAUUCAUUUUCCUUCAUUUAUAAAUAUUUGUAAAAAAUAUAAUUUAACUUUGGUAGAGGCUAUUAACUUUACAGAUUUUUAUGAUGAAAAUAAAAAAACUUAUGAAAAGUUACUAAAAAAUUCUGGAGUUUUGCCUCAGGGUAUCAAAAAAAUCGACCAACCACAAAUGGAACUGAUUGGUUUAUAUACAACUUUUAUUUUUGUAAAAGAAAAACCUGAAAUUAAAAUGGUUCAAAUAAAAUAA